UCUCUCUCCGUCCGUACCUCUAUUCCUGCUCCACUAGCCCAAUCAUGGACCUCGCAGCGAGGUGUGCGUUCCUGCUCUCCAGCUUCGCCGUGCUCGCAGCGCUCGAUCUGGACGCGGUCGACCCCGACUACUACGUGGAGACCGGCAGCCCGUCAGAUGCGAUCGACUACAAGGAUCCCUGCAAAGCCGUUGCUUAUCUGGGAGAUAUUGCACUGGAUGAGGAAGACCUGCGGAUGUUUAAAGUGGAUCGCAUUGUGAAUUUAGCAGAGAGAACGGUCACAGUUCUGAACCACACAGAUGCUGGUUCACUUUCCAAUGAGACGAGUACAAACAAUACGGCGUCCCAUCGCAGGAAGAGGGCAGCGACGUCGAGACCUGAGCGAAUUUGGCCCGAGGGCGUCAUUCCUUACGUCAUCAGCGGGAACUUCAGCGGUAGCCAGAGAGCCAUAUUCAGACAGGCCAUGAGACACUGGGAAAAACACACAUGUGUGACGUUCAUCGAGAGAACGACAGAAGAGAGCUACAUCGUCUUCACCUACCGGCCGUGUGGGUGCUGUUCGUUUGUGGGCCGGAGAGGAGGGGUUCCGCAGGCCAUAUCCAUCGGGAAGAACUGUGAUAAGUUUGGGAUCGUGGUCCAUGAGCUGGGUCACGUGAUCGGAUUCUGGCAUGAGCACACGCGACCCGACAGAGACGAUCAUGUCAGAAUCAUACAGGAAAACAUUCAGCCAGGACAGGAGUACAACUUCUUAGAGAUGGAGCCUGGUCAAGUGGACUCACUCGGAGAGGUCUAUGACUUCGACAGCAUCAUGCACUAUGCAAGAAACACUUUCUCCAGAGGGAUAUUUUUGGACACCAUUCUGCCACGAUAUGACGUGAACGGAGUUCGGCCGCCCAUCGGUCAGAGGACCAGGCUGAGCAAAGGAGACAUCUCACAGGCACGCAAACUUUACAAGUGUCCAAAAUGUGGAGACAGUUUGCAGGAGAGCAGUGGAAACUUCUCUUCACCUGGUUUUCCCAAUGGUUAUUCAGCAUAUAUGCACUGCAUAUGGAGAAUUUCAGUCACACCGGGAGAAAAGAUCAUUCUGAACUUUACAUCUAUGGAUUUGUACCGGAGUCAUUUGUGCUGGUAUGAUCACGUGGAGAUCAGAGAUGGAUAUUGGAGGAAAGCGCCACUGAAAGGUCGAUUCUGUGGGGAUAAAUUACCUGAGCCGAUCGUCUCUACAGACAGUCGUCUUUGGAUUGAGUUUCGCAGCAGCAGCAACUGGGUGGGAAAGGGCUUCUCUGCUGUUUACGAAGCUAUUUGCGGUGGAGAGGUGAAGAAAGACAAUGGACAGAUUCAGUCUCCGAACUACCCAGACGACUACAGACCUAACAAAGUGUGUGUGUGGAAGAUCACUGUGGCUCAGGGUUACCACGUAGGCCUUACCUUCCAGUCUUUUGAGAUCGAGAGGCACGAUAACUGUGCGUAUGACUACCUGGAGGUUCGAGAUGGGAACUCCGAAAGCAGCCCGCUGUUGGGUAGAUUCUGUGGUUAUGACAAACCCGACGAUAUUAAAUCCAGUUCCAACCAGCUCUGGAUGAGGUUCGUGUCUGACGGUUCUGUCAACAAGGCCGGGUUUGCUGCUAAUUUCUUCAAAGAAAUGGACGAGUGCUCCAGACCCGACAACGGUCGCUGUGAGCAGCGCUGUGUCAACACCCUCGGUAGUUACAAGUGUGCCUGUGACCCUGGGUACGAGCUGGCGGCGGACAAGCGGAGUUGCGAGGCUGCCUGUGGUGGUUUCAUCACCAAGCUGAACGGGUCCAUCACCAGUCCAGGCUGGCCCAAAGAGUAUCCUCCCAACAAGAACUGCAUCUGGCAGCUGGUGGCGCCCACGCAGUACCGCAUCACGCUGCUCUUCGACGUCUUCGAGACGGAGGGGAACGAUGUUUGUAAAUAUGACUUUGUUGAGGUGAGAAGCGGUCUGUCGGCCGACUCCAGACUGCACGGGAAGUUCUGCGGAGCGGAGAAACCGGAGGCCAUCACCUCUCAGUACAACAACAUGCGCAUUGAGUUUAAAUCUGACAACACCGUCUCCAAGAAGGGCUUUAAGGCCCAGUUCUUCUCAGAUAAAGACGAGUGCUCUAAGGAGAACGGCGGAUGUCAGCAUGAAUGUGUGAACACCUUUGGCAGCUACAGUUGUCAGUGCAGAAGUGGCUUCGUUCUGCAUGAAAACAAACAUGACUGCAAGGAAGCCGGCUGUGAUCACGUUGUGAACAGCGUGAGCGGGACCAUCACCAGCCCCAACUGGCCAGAUAAAUACCCCAGCAAGAAGGCCUGCACCUGGGCCCUCUCCACCACCCCGGGACAUCGGAUCAAAAUAGCUUUCAAUGAAAUCGACAUGGAGCCUCAUCUGGAAUGCGCUUAUGACCACAUUGAGAUUUACGACGGUCGGGAUGGCAAGGCACCCAGCCUCGGGCGAUACUGCGGCACCAAGAAACCUCAACCGAUCAUAUCCACCAGCAACAAGAUGUUCAUUCGCUUCUUCUCUGAUAACUCGGUGCACAAGAAAGGCUUCGAGGCUUCCCAUACUGCAGAGUGCGGAGGGCAGCUGAAAGCGGAGGUGAAAACUAAAGACCUAUACUCUCAUGCCCAGUUUGGUGAUAAUAACUACCCCGGGGCGUCAGACUGCCAGUGGGUGAUCACAGCAGAGAAGGGCUACGGCGUGGAGCUCAUCUUCCAGACCUUCGAAAUCGAGGAGGAGGCCGACUGUGGCUAUGAUUACAUGGAGCUGUUUGACGGGGCGGACACCAAAUCACCCAGACUAGGCCGUUACUGUGGAUCAGGGCCUCCAGAGGAGAUCUACUCUGCCGGUGACUCUAUCGUCAUCAAAUUCCGGUCAGACGAUACCAUCAAUAAGAAGGGCUUCCACGUGCGUUACACCAGCACCAAGUUUCAGGACACACUCCACUCCCGUAAGAAGUGACCCCUAGUGGCCGGGAGGGGCCGUGCAGGGCCUAGGGGGAAGCGAAAGGGCCCCAGGGGGAGGGCCUUGCCCCUCGCUCGGAGCCCCCCGGCCACCAAGAACACCCAGACUCGACGGACCAGCCGCAAGAACGCCAACCGCACCUCAGUAGUUCACAGGGGUUCUGGCAUCCCCUACUGACUGUGAGGAGUAAAGCCAUUCCGCAGUAGACCUUGUUUUUACCUUUUUUUUUUAUUAUUACAUUUGGGGUAAGAUGUGGAGGGCGGUGGGGGCGGGGUUGGGUAGGGGUGGAAUGUAUUCAGUUGCUGGAUACCAAUAAAGGGGCGAAAUCAAAUGUGGACGUAAUGGCACCAGCAUUUGUAAUAACUCGUUUUUUCCUGGCCAGUAGUCCAGAAGGUUCCCUGCCGAAAUGAUCACUCUCCAGGAGGUUUUCCAGAAUCAGAUAUCAUAUUAAAAGACUAAUAAACAACACGUGGCCCAUGUCUGAUGGCUGUUAAUUGCUUUUGCAUAAAAACAGGAUGCUAUGGUGGAAAAUGCUUAGCUUCUGUUAAGAUUAAGCACACUUUUUUUUCAAGGUCUUGAUAAUUUGGUGUUGUCCUUGUAAUACUCAACAAUCAUGAACAAAUUAGGCACAAUCGCAUGGAAAUUGGCAGGACAUCCCACUGCUUUUUUCUUUAAUCUUCCUUUUCAGGCUCUUUCCUCACAGAAGGUGGUUUUCAAAACGUGACUAGUGUAAGGACCUCAGUCAGGGUAAUCAGUGUAAAAAAACCUCAAAAUUAGACAAAAAAGAGAUAAUUCAGGCAAUAAUUCUGUCAUCAUUUGCUUCAAGUAAAUGACUUGCUUUCUUCUGUGAAACAAAAAUGAAGGCAUUUGGAAGACAGUAUUUGUCCCUACAAUGACCCCAAAACAACUUAAAGUUGGACCCCAUCGACUUUAGUUGUAUGGACCAAAAAAAAAAAUCUCAAAAUGUCUUUCUGUGUGUGUUCCACAGAAGAAAGAAAGUAAAUGAUGCCAAUCUCGUUUUGGUAAAUAACCUCUUCAAGACCUAUAACCUAUUGCGCAAACUAUAACGUUUAAUACGAUCUUGAGUUAAAACCUGAAAGGACAGUACUUUUCAGCAUGGAUGUCCUAUUGCUAGAUAGAUGUUGCUCUUACACCGCUGACUAUGGGAAAACUGUUAAAACUGUAAAAUGUUCACUUGUACCAAUAAUGUACCUCAGCGUAUGGGAGAGCGUUGGGAUGGUGCUAUUUCAAACGAGUCCUUUCAGUCGCUCUUUCUCUGUUGAUAUCCAGUGUCAGCUGAGAAAAGAGCAUGUUUGAUGUCAAAUCUGUGCUGAAUAGCGUGAUCUCCGGGGGUUGAUCAUUUGAUCUAAAGUGUUGGCGCACUCCAUUUCCAGGAUCAUCCCUGUGAAGUGUGCUGCUCCUCACCUCUCUCGCUUUCCGUCUCCUGCAGAACUCCUUCAAAGGCCGUUGACUUGGUCUCCUCUGUCUCAACCGCUCUUUUCAUCACACUCUAUCAUUUCUCACACCUGUUUGCCUUUGUGGAUUUACCUAAAGCUCCUUUAAAUCUCAGGUUCAGGAUAUCUGAUUGUUGCUACCCACUGAAUCAUUCCAAGACACUAGACUUGCGGGUUACUCUUUGACUUGGACGUGUGAAAUCCAGGAAGGCAAAUGAUGAGGAUUAUGGGUUUUAGAGGACACACUUUGGGCUUUUAAAAGGUUUUAGACAAUGCCUUCCACCCGAACCUUGAAUCAGUUCACCUCAAGCCACGAGUGCUGUGACCAAACAAGUUGCUCAGUAUGCGAUCUUGCAAGCUUACCCUCAUACUCAAGAUCGACUAACUUCUAUCCUAGUUCUUCAAAUGGAUUAUAUUUUGUGUGUCUAAGAUACCCAGUUUAGCAUCUCUGUAUUUGAAUAUGCUUCCUAGCAUAGCUUUUUAGAGUAGUGGAGCACUUGUACAUUUUGCUAAUCGAAGCACAUCCUCCUAAGCAUUAUUAAUGUUUUUAAUGCCCAUGUUAUUUCUUGUUAGAAAUAGUGUUUUGUGGGCGAAUGCGGGCUUCAAAUGAUCUGUUUUAGCACAUGUUACCUCAGCAUAAAUAGUGUAUGCUUGAUUUCUUCACCCUGACUGGCCUUCCCACAAAAGACUUGGUACAUGUUUAUGCAUUUUAUCAUAUGUAUGUAUGUAAAUAUGUAUUAAUGUAUUCAAAGUUCACUAAACCAUAGAUAACUUGAUGAGAACUAAGGCUAUGUGUAAUUGCAGACAAAAGAUGCAAUUUAUUUAUAUUGUAUAGCUAAUUUUCACCUAUGUAUUGCAAAUAGUGUUAACAAGUGCUUCUAUUUCAUAAAAUGUUAUUUUCAUUUUGAAA